AUGUCCAGACGACAACGAUUAAUAGGACUAGCCAAGAGCACCAGGGACAACUACAUUCCCAAGAUCACCGGAUCUGUUACCUCACUCGCGUCCGGUGCAUCCAAAGCAUUUACCAACCCGAGGGAAGUCUAUGAUGAAGAAGGCAAGGUGGUUCUCCCCAAGGACACACGGAUAAAGUUGUACCCUACAUACACGAGGAAGCUAGAGAACAAGUAUUAUAUCGAUGUUGCUGGAUGGGUAUCAGCUCCUGGGGCCAUGAAUCGGAAAAAUAGAGUUAUGAUGUCUGUUAUCAAACAGUUGAUGAAACGGAACAGCCAGGACACAGAACAACAAUUACAAAACCAAAAUGCUUUCCUCCCGGUACAUCAAGUCCAUCAUAAAGAAAUUGAGUCUGAUAAUGAAUCGGUUCACUCGGCAGCAUCGGAUCAGAGUACCAGCUCCAUCCCAGGCUCACCCAACUCUGACGCUAUCAUCAACGAGCGACUCGCUGACUUUUUCGCAAAGUCAAUACCAAAUACAGAAAUAAAGAUCACCAUUGGCUCCGAAAGUCAACAUGAAAAGGUGAUAAAUGAAGAAUUGAUUACGGAUGGGUAUGGAUACUUUCACACCACAAUAGAGGUAGACUACAAGCCAUCUGUCAUCUUUGCGUCAUCAAUGGUCACCGAAACUAUCUUUGCCGCACAAAACGUUAUGAUAGUCCCAACAAAGGGGCUUGGUGUCAUUAGUGAUAUUGAUGACACGGUUAAACUAACUGGAGUCGUAGGUGACAAACGAGUGUUGCUUCGAAAUUUGUUGUUGCAAGAUUUUGAAGCAUGGAAAAUCCCGUCGAUCGUCAAAUGGUAUAUCGAUCUCAGUAAGCGGCAGGAUAUCAGUUUCUUUUACGUUUCUAAUUCCCCAUGGCAAUUAUUCCCAUCGAUAUCGGAGUAUUUUAAUCUCGUCGGUUUGCCCAAGGGAUCAAUUCAUUUGAAGAGGUAUUUGGGCAGCAUUAUCUCCUCGCUAUUGGAACCGUCACUGUCAAGGAAAAGAACCAUGUUGCAUAAGAUUCUACGAGACUUUCCUGAAAAGAAGUUUGUUUGUAUUGGAGAUUCGGGCGAGUACGACUUGGAAGCGUAUGUGGACCUAGCGAAAAGCUAUCCCAAUAGGAUACUAUCAAUCUAUAUUCGUUAUGUGGAGAAUUCAUUAUCAUUAGAGGACGACCGUCGUAUUUUGAAGGAAUUGUUGCGGCUAUUAGCAAAAAAGAGAACCGCCGAGGUGACAUCUAAUGAUAAGGAACAAGAAGAUGCAUCAAAUGCGCAAGAUAUUGACUUGAUUGAUUUGUCAGAUUCGCCCGUGUGUUCGCCUACAGAUUCUACAUCACCCAAGAAAAAACCGCCAAUGAAACCGAAAAAGCCUAAAAACCUUCAAAGUAACUCUAUUGACAAUACACCUGACCUAAUGCUGCCACUUUCAUCAGCAAUAUCAUCGCAGUCUCCACUGGUAUCGGUCCCACCAUCAUCCAACGUCUCCUCCGAUGGCAAUCUGAUGAUUGAUGAAUACAGACCACCGCUUCCACCUAGACGUUCAAGGACGACACCGAAGAAUGGCGACGAUUAUGAACCAGGUAGCAUUUACGAAUCCUUAGGUUUUAUAGAGUUGGAAGAUCGGGAUAAAAAAGGAGCUGAAUGGAUACGUAGAGUGACUACAGCCAUUGCUGAUUUGAAAAACACAAAUACACAAAUCCACAUAUUUAUGGAUAGUGAUGAUCAAUUUUUCGAAAGCAGUUGCAACAAAUUGGAUGAAGAUGUACGGGUGAAAUAG